AUGACGACUAUGGAAGCACCCAAAAGCGUCAAGGAUUCAUUUGUGUCUCCGCCGCAGCAGCAGGGGCAGCAGCUCGCCUGUUGCGCUGACUUGGGCUGCUCAGGUGGUUGUGGCAAGAAGAAUUGCAGCAGCUGCAACAGCAAGUUGUCACUGAAGGAUAUCUACGGCCGCUUUGCUGCGGCAGCACUAGUAAACUCGACCCUGAGUGGUACUGUCUCUCUGGUGUCUGCGCUGCUUUUUCUGCGGCGGCGGGGCCUCCGGGUCUUUACUGUGGGUGUCGGCGUUGGGGGCCCUCUGGGUUGGACUUUGAGAGACGCCGACCUCUACCUCAAGGAUCCCGUGGCUAACAAGCGUCUCCUGCCAUCAUCCUGCGAUCCACUGGUGCUGCUGCAGCAGCAUCAGCAGCAGCUGCAGCUCAGCACCAGCUUCAUCAUGCCGUACGUUACACAGAUCAGACAGAGAUUCUUCCCCUCCGAGUAA